AUGAAGUGGAGUGUCCGGGGAGCCUGCGCCGCGCUCUCCAGCUGCCUCCUGCUCGCCUGCGCGCUCAGCGCCGCCGCCGUGGGCCUCAAGUGCUUCUCGCUGGGCUCGGAGCUCAAGGGGGAGCCCUUCCGCCUGGGCACCGCCGCCGGCGCCUUCUACUCGGGGCUGCUGCUGGCCGCCGGCCUCUCGCUGCUGGGCUCGGCGCUGCUCUGCUGCCGCCCGCCGGAGGGGGAGGCGGCGGCCGGGGGGCAGCAGCCCGCGGCGGGGGGCGGCGAGGCGCCGCCCGGGGGCCGGCAGAACUUCCUGCUGCUGGGCGUGCUGGUCUUCAUGCUGGGCGUGCUGAGCGCCUUCGCCGGGGCCGUCAUCGACGGCGACACGGUGUCGCUGGUGGAGAGGAAGUACUCGCACUACUGCGGCCCGGCCCCGGGCGGCGGCGGGGGCCCGCGGGCGGCGGCGGGCGCGGCGCUGCGCUGUCAGAAGCUGCGGGACUACCAGCGGGGCUUGGUGCUCUCCACCGUCUUCAACGCGCUCGAGUGCCUGCUGGGCCUGCUCAGCCUGCUGCUCGUGCGCAACUACAAGGCGGCCCAGCAGCGCGGGCUCCGCCGGCAGCGCCGCCGCCAGCAGCGGCCGGCCCCGGGCGGGAGGCGGCGGAGGCGGCGGCGGGGCGGCGGCGGAGGAGCGGGCGGGCGGCGGGCGCCGCGGCCGAGCCAGGGCUCCAUCUUCUCCAGCGAGGAGCCCGAGCUGUCCCCCGCCGACUGCCCCUUCCAGGCCGUCUCCUACAUCAACGUGGGCGUCUUCCACGUGUUCGACGAGGCCGGCGUGGAGGUGCACUGCGGCGGGCACCCCUCGCUGGAGCUGCCCGGCUACUCGCCCAUGGACCCCGAGCUCAACCCCUCCUACCCCUACUGCUACCCGCUGCCCCACGAGCAGCCCCCGGCCUACGAAGAGAUCUACCCGGGGGAGCCCAGCGCCAACAGCAGCUAGCGAGGGGCCGGCCCCGGGGACCCGCACCUGCGCUGACAAUCAGCCGCUAGCACCAGGCGGCCCCUGCCCUAGCUUGGGGGGACAUACCCGCUGGCAGCAGCAUCCCGUCGGCUCACCGCACCGGCCCGCGCAAAAAGCGCGCAGCCCUGGUCUCGCCGCGCUAGCGCCCGCUGGGGCGAGGCUGAGGCAAAACGCUUGCAAAAGAUCAACCUCUGGCUCCAUCACCGCACGUGGUGAGACCCCCGCCAGAGCCCCACGGGGGGUGACUGAGUGAGCCCACUAGGACAUUUUUCACGAUCAUGGUUCUGUCUGAUGGAGUUUUUCAUCUGUCGUGUCUGUUAAAUAUCAAGAUUGAGUUUUAAAAGGCUGGACCAGAACCGUUUAGGAGUUGGUUCUUCCCGCCCUGAUGUCUCUUGGGCCAAUUUUUUUUUUAAGUGAAUCAUCAUCAUAGUCUUUUCUUCAGCUUUAACGGUACAAAAGUAUACCAUUUAUGAUAACCAGCCCGGGUAAGGGGAAAAGUGUAAUAAAGCUUCUUUACCUCUCAAGCAGAGAAAUUUUUAACAACGAAAAGACGUUCCUAUAGUGUUUACCACAGCUGUUUGGGGAAAUUCUUAUGUUUACACUUUCUUGAAGAUUUAAAUUCUAUUUAAAAUUUAGUGAGAGUUAAAACCUGUGUUGGGUCUGGUAGGAUGCACAUUAAACCCCCCUGCACUUUCAGAGAAAAAAGGAAAAGGAAACAGCAACAUUUUUGUACACUAAUGUGCCUGCUUUUGUUAACUUCUUACUGUAAAAGCUUUGGAACGUCUAUAAUGAAAAGGUUUGGUAGAUUCCUUGCAAUCUAAAAUUAAUCACCAGUUCCUUUACUAAAAUAACUGAGUUGUUAUUAGGAUAUAGCAAUUAAAAGGCAGUCCAAAUGUCACCUACAUUCCUUUUUGUAAACAGGUUCUGUGUUUUUAAUGCAAGGCAGGGCUCAUUUUUGUUUUACACAAGUUUAAUUUUGUACAACUCUAUAGUUUCUCUUGUAAAGAAUCUCAUCUUAUUGUUAUCAAUUCAUCAAUCUGGUAAGCUUGAAUAUUAAAGUUUAUUUUAAAAUAUAUACUUUAAACAGCCUUAAUUGAUGUAAUUGUCACAGUUCUAAAGGAGAAGUUGUACAAACACACCUUCCAUACUUAAAAUUCCCACUAAACCAGGAGAAUAAAAAAGUUGAAAGCGUAAUUUAAUGCACAGAAAACAAAGAAAAAAAUCAGACUGUAUUUGCUAACUUUUGUAAAUUAGACAUAUUAAAAAGGAUUCCAGCCCAAAGUAAGAAACUAUUAAUCUUCAUUUAGCAGCCUGCUGUGGGAUGUCAGUUUAUCAGAUAGCGUGAGAAAGUAAUAAUUAAGGGAAACAACUACAGUGUAUUUUUAUGCUGCACAGAAAAGGUGAAGGUUUAAGUAAUGUUGCCCAAAGAGCAAAAAAGCCACACUUCAGAGGGUGGUGGUCCACCUCUUUCUUUAAUUAGCAUGUAUUAAAAUGGAAUCCUAUACAAAUAGGAACCCUUCUGUUAAUCCUCAUUUUGGAACCUACUGUGUAAUGUCAGUGUAUUAGAUAGGAGGAAGAAGAGGUAGUUGUGGGAAAUCAGAAUUAUGGCAUAUUUUUGUGGGGGACAGAAAAUUAUUUUUAAAUUUUAAGGCGCCAGGAGAAAAAGUAAUUUACAGCCUUAGAAUCAGUAAAAGAACAUUUUAGCCUAAAAACGUUGCUGCCUCUCUGCACUAUUUUGUUUUCUAAAGUGUUUUGAUUUGCACACUUUGUAUAGCCUAAAAUGCAGAAUGCCUUAGAAGUCUUUUUAAAAUAAACUUUAUCUAUGAAACACAUAACAAAUCUUUAAUCUAGAUAUGGGAUCAAAUGCAGUUAUUCCAAGUUUGCCAAGUAGUUCCAAAUUGUGGAAGUCUAGAGAUACAGUGCUGUUUAUUUGGCUGAGAUUUUAUCCUGUGGAGAAGGCCAGCAGAAAGCCCUGUUUAAGUCCUACUUAAGUCUUCAAAAUAGGCUUUAUGCUGGCCCUCUGCACAAGGGGAAAAUUUCACCCUCUUUAAACCCAAUCCUGUAGUCUUUACAUACAGUGCUGAUUUAGGCAAAAAAAUCAUAUUUUAUAUAAUAGAGAGAGCCAAGGUUGUGGGAUUUGGUUUUUUGCUUUUGGUGGUGGUUUAUUUUUAAUUUUUUUUUUCUCAAAAUGGGUAACUGAAGGAAGGAUGCUAAAUCCUUAUUUAGGCUCCUGAAUAAGUGGCUUGAUUAGCAAAAAUGCUGAGCCCCCAGCCACUCACUGAAUUUAAAGGGGAAUUGUUGGGUGCUGAGUACUUUUAAAAGUCAGGCCAUUACUUGAAAUGGCUAAAUAAAGAUUUAGAAGGCUAACGACAGGUGUCUAUUUUUAAAAUCUUGGCUAUACAACGGAAUUUUUUAAAAACUUUAAUAAAGAAAUUGAUUUUUAACAGGAAAUACCAAUAUUUUAGGGUUCAUAAAAUUAGAUAAGUCUGAAACUCCAGUUGUUCCAAAGACCAGUGCUCAGGGAAAUAAAUGGAAAGUCAAGAACGCUACCUAUUACACUCAAGUUUAAAUAUAGAAUAACUUUAAAGUCAAAAUUUUAAAAGAUUGUUAAAUUCAUAGCACUUUUUUGUUGUGUUAUUUAAAUAUCUUUUCAGAAUGCCAUUAUGUUUAAACAUUGUUUGUGGAUCAGCUAAUUCCUAAAUUCAUAUCUUCACUUGGGCUUUUUUUCCCUACUAACAGUUUAAUUUAGUGAUGGAAAACAUGCCGGAAAAACAAUCUAAAUCCAACUACAACUGAAGUUAAUGGGCGUUUUGUCAUUGACCUCAGUGGGAGUAGGAGUCAGCACAAAUGAUUCUAGCUACUAUACAUAAUACAUGUGUAAAACAAUAUAUUAGUCUUCUGGCACAACAGAUAAGAUGCAGCAUGAAAUAUUAGCGCUCAGAUAUGUAUUAUUUGUAUCACCAGAAGUGUGAAGAAGGUAACAUGGUGUCACACACUUUUUAAUUGAUAUAACAUUAGGCAGGCAAAUUGACCAAACAAGCCAUGUUUUCUUAAAGAUGGUAUACAAAUGUUUCAGGUAUCAGGUGACUAACUUUUACGGUAAAACGCAAGUGUAUUUAUUUCUCAGUGAGAAGAAACUUACAAAUACAAAGUACAAGAAGAAGCUUCACAAGCGUGAUCCAAGUGUCAUGGAGCCAUUUUUAGUCAUUUUGAAAAUCGUUACUACAUAGAUUGAGCAAUAAUGUUAGAGUGUAUAUAUGGUACUAUGCCCAAAUUGAAAAUAGGCUGGUGUAGUAUUAGAAUUUUAGGUUAAUUACAUUGGAUAGCAUGAGCCCUCUAAUCUUUUUUAAAUUAUAUGUCAUGUGAGUAAAUGCAAAAGCAAAUUUGAUAUAGGUCACGGGGGGGGGGGAGGGGGAGGGCCUAAACUACCUUACAGGAUUUUAUUCCAUAAACAUAAUAAAACAAGGGGGGAAAACAACGAAAAUAUUGUUAAGAUGUGUAUCCCUACAUACACACUCAUUUAGGUCUCUGUCUUGCUUUAAUUGAAGACCACGGCAACACUCCCAUUGGGCCUGAUCAGCCACCGCUUUGCACUUUGUUUAGUCACAUCUGUGCAAAGGUACUAUAAAGUGGGUUACCGACCUUGCAGCAUUUCACCUCCAUUUUCCAAUUCCUUUUCACAGCUGUAAGUGACAAGACAGUGGAGAAUCAGGCCCAUUGUCUUCGGCCAGAGCAGAAUUGGACCUCUAUGUGGGGGGAAAAAAUGCCACCAGCCUAUUAGCAAUUCAGAUGAGUGAUUUUCACACACUCCAACAUCUUGCUUAAUUAAGUUACUAUAUUUUGCAUUGUAAUUGACAGACAGGAUAAAUGUAAAUUAAAAAAGAGCAUUUGAUGCUAAAAGAAAAUUGUAUUAAACUAGUACAGUUCAUACUCUAAGUUUGAUUUCACUAUAGGACUUCUUUGGUUCACCAAAAAGCACUGUGGUGACUGGUAUAACUUAGAUAUAUUUCAAAUGUCAUGUUUAAUCAUCAGAAAAGGUUUCUAAAAAAAAAAAAAAAAGUUAAUGUGAUGAGGGCAAUCUGUUUCUGCGUUUGGACUUAGUACAUAUGAAAACCUUUUCUCCAUUUUGCCAUUUAAUCUGAGAUUGAUCCUCAACAAAAAUGUCAAUAAUUGAUAUUGUAAUUUUAGGAUCAAUAAAAUAUGUUUCAAAGCACAGCA